AAAUGAUUGCGAAAAGAUUUUUUUUUUUUACAAACUAUGGUUAUUCUUUUUUUUCUUUCUACAUUUUGAGUAAUAUUCUUCGGUGGUUGUUGUUGUUGUGGUUUGCUUUAUUUUAUGGGCACUGUCCACAAAAACAAGCAUAGAUUCUCUCUUUGAGAUCUCUCUCCUAGCUGUGCGGUUUAGGAAUGGAUGAUUGUGCUCUGUCUCCUCUGCUUUGAUUCUCUCUACUCAUAAAGGUUUCUUGCUUUUGUCUUUGUCUCUCUCUCCUUUUCAUUGAUACCAUUCUAGGCUAUUGCAGCUGCACACUAUAAACGUUGCAGUACUAGUAGCUGGACCUUCUUUCAACCAGCAAAAUGAGUCAUGCACAUUCUCAUACCGGUUCCGGUAGUAGAACUACUCGACGAGCUUUCGAGUUCGGGAAGACACAUGUCGUGAGGCCUAAGGGAAAACACCAAGCUACUAUAGUUUGGUUGCAUGGACUUGGUGAUAAUGGUUUGAGCUCAUCUCAAUUGUUGGAAUCACUUCCACUUCCAAAUAUUAAAUGGAUUUGUCCUACUGCUCCUACCCGUCCCGUGGCGAUACUCGGCGGUUUUCCCUGCACUGCAUGGUUUGAUGUGGGAGAACUUUCAGAAGAUGGUCCUGAUGAUUGGGAAGGUUUAGAUGCUUCAGCAGCACAUAUUGCUAACUUGCUGUCAACAGAGCCAGCUGAUGUGAAAGUUGGUAUUGGAGGGUUCAGCAUGGGUGCAGCAAUAGCAUUAUACUCUUCAACUUGUUAUGCCAUGGGAAGGUAUGGAAAUGGCAUCCCAUAUCCUGUCUGUUUAAGAGCAGUUGUUGGACUCAGUGGUUGGCUUCCAGGAUCAAGGAGCUUAGGGAGCAAGAUAGAAGUUUCACACGAAUCACGAAGGCGAGCUGCUUCGUUACCGAUUUUACUAUGCCAUGGAAUCAGUGAUGAUGUAGUACACUGCAAGUAUGGAGAGAAAUCUGCACAAUCCUUAAGCUCUGCCGGGUUUCGAUAUAUAGCAUUCAAAUCCUAUGAAGGGCUUGGUCAUUACACAGUUCCAAGAGAGAUGGAUGAGGUUUCCACCUGGCUUAGUUCAAGGUUGGGACUUGAAGGAUUCUCAUCUUAAAAUGACAAAACUAGUAGUAUUAAAAUAUGAACGAAUCAGUGAAUGUUUGUAGAAUAACAGGGGAGGUGGGAUAAUAUAAAUAGGAGAUUUAAUUUUCAGGGUCCCUUUUUGUCAUGUUGGUGAGCAAUAAAGAUAUAUGAAUGUGUUUACUAAGCAUUUUUCUCUUUAUUAUUGUAGAAUCUAGGUGCUUGAUCAGUAGUAUUAUUGGAGAGAUUUAGUUUUGUUUUUAUUAGCAUUGUGAUUGUAACAAAACAGGGAUCUUGGACUCCUUGUUUUUCAAUUUCAAUAAACUUUCUUUUUGGAGUGAA